GGAACCUACGAUGCCAAGGAUUGUCCAGGAAAGAAAUGUUGUUCCCAAGGGUUACCACAAAUGAAUGGAGCACAACUCAGAAAGAAUAGAGAGGAGCUAGAUCAUCCAUCACACACCAAGAUAGAAUUACCAGACAAAGCAUUAAGAUCCACCUACGACAAAGCUUUGAUAAAUGCCGAUGCUGGGAUGUUAAAUCAAAAGAAUAGUGACAUGAUGACAAAACAAAUAAACAGGACAAUAGACCUCGCCGACAAGAUACCAACUGUGCAAAAGGACACGGGCAAAUACCUAGGAGAAACAACGGAGUAUUCCGAUGAUGACAAAGCCAUAUCAAAUCAAGGUGAUAUGGGAAAAGACAACAUAAACAAGAUAGUGAGCCAACCAGAAGAAACUGACAGAAUAGUUACACAGAACCCAAGGGGGAAGAAAAACCAAAGGGAAACGACUGUCCAUCACAACCCAGAAGAAGGACACAAACUCAUACGUAGGAAUCUAAUAAUGAUAAGCAUGAAAGAGGAAGAAUUAGUACAAAUAACGAGUGACAGGAAGAACAACAAGAGCAUAAGCUGCAGCAACACUCCUUUAGUAACCCCGAACUCAGAGAAAAUGACAACCGGCCACCCAAGUGAGGAUCUGAAGAAAUGUCUCAACAAUGACAGAACCCUAAAGACCAAAAAUGAUGAGAGCAACAACAGUGAAGAGAAAAAUAAUGCUGAAGGAUACCUCGAAGACAAUAAACUGGACCCUAGAGAUACUCGACCGGAAAUGAAAGAAAUAAGCUUUUUAAGAAAUGCCAAAUUCAGAGAUGGUGGCGACAGAAGAUGCAGAAUAAGGACCAAGAAACCGUGA